UCUUCUCGCUUUCUCUUUGUCUCUGCUUCUCUUUCUCGGGCUCCCCGGUGCCCACCCGCUCGCGCUGUCGUCCUGCCCGCGUCCCCGGCUGGUUCCCUUUAACUUUCUUCUUUCCCGGGGUUAAAACUUUGCUCGCGAGCGGGCGGCUGCUCGCAGACAUUAUUGGCCGGCGCCCCGCCCGGCGGCCCCGCCCCCGUGCGCCCCUCCGCCCCCCACUCCGAGCGCGAGUGGCUGCUGCGGCGGCGGCGCCUUCGGGGGCGUGCGUGCGUGUGUGUGAGUGCGCGCCAGCGAGCGCGCCUUCUGCGGCGGGCGGACCGACUCCUCGGCGCGGCGGGGCCGGGGCAAGCUGGACGCAGCAUGAUGCGCGCAGUGUGGGAGACGCUGGUGGCGCUGGCAGCGGUGGCGUGCCUGGUGAGCGCGGUGCGCGGCGGGCCCGGGCUCAGCAUGUUCUCGGGCCAGGCGGCGCAGCCCGACCCCUGCUCUGACGAGAACGGCCACCCUCGCCGCUGCAUCCCCGACUUUGUCAACGCGGCCUUCGGCAAGGACGUGCGCGUGUCCAGCACCUGCGGCCGGCCGCCGGCGCGCUACUGCGUGGUGAGCGAGCGCGGCGAGGAGAGGCUGCGCUCUUGCCACCUCUGCAACGCGUCGGACCCCAAGAAGGCGCACCCGCCCGCCUUCCUCACGGAUCUCAACAACCCGCACAACCUGACGUGCUGGCAGUCCGAAAACUACCUGCAGUUCCCUCACAACGUCACGCUCACGCUGUCUCUCGGGAAGAAGUUCGAGGUGACCUACGUGAGCCUGCAGUUCUGCUCGCCACGGCCCGAGUCUAUGGCCAUCUACAAGUCCAUGGACUAUGGGCGCACGUGGGUGCCCUUCCAGUUCUACUCCACGCAGUGCCGCAAGAUGUACAACCGGCCGCACCGCGCGCCCAUCACCAAGCAGAAUGAGCAGGAGGCCGUGUGCACCGACUCCCACACCGACAUGCGUCCGCUCUCGGGCGGCCUCAUCGCCUUCAGCACGCUGGACGGGCGGCCCUCUGCUCACGACUUCGACAACUCGCCAGUGCUGCAGGACUGGGUAACGGCCACCGACAUCCGCGUGGCCUUCAGCCGCCUGCACACUUUCGGCGAUGAGAACGAGGACGACUCGGAGCUGGCGCGCGACUCGUACUUCUACGCGGUGUCGGACCUGCAGGUGGGCGGCCGCUGCAAGUGUAAUGGCCACGCAGCCCGCUGCGUGCGGGACCGCGACGACAGCCUGGUGUGCGACUGCAGACACAACACGGCCGGUCCGGAGUGCGACCGCUGCAAGCCGUUCCACUAUGACCGGCCCUGGCAGCGCGCCACGGCCCGCGAAGCCAACGAGUGCGUGGCCUGCAACUGCAACCUGCACGCCCGGCGCUGCCGCUUCAACAUGGAGCUCUACAAGCUGUCGGGGCGCAAGAGCGGGGGCGUCUGCCUCAACUGCCGCCACAACACCGCUGGCCGCCACUGCCACUACUGCAAGGAGGGCUACUACCGCGACAUGGGCAAGCCCAUCACCCACCGCAAGGCCUGCAAAGCCUGUGAUUGCCACCCUGUGGGCGCCGCCGGCAAAACCUGCAACCAGACCACUGGCCAGUGUCCCUGCAAGGACGGCGUUACCGGCAUCACGUGCAACCGCUGCGCCAAGGGCUACCAGCAGAGCCGCUCGCCCAUCGCGCCCUGCAUAAAGAUCCCCGUGGCACCACCGACCACCACAGCCAGCAGCGUGGAGGAGCCGGAAGACUGUGAUUCCUACUGCAAGGCCUCCAAAGGGAAGCUGAAGAUUAACAUGAAAAGGUACUGCAAGAAGGACUAUGCCGUCCAAAUCCACAUCCUGAAAGCGGACAAGGCGGGGGACUGGUGGAAGUUCACAGUGAACAUCAUCUCCGUCUACAAGCAGGGCACGAGCCGCAUCCGCCGCGGUGACCAGAGCCUGUGGAUCCGCUCGCGGGACAUCGCCUGCAAGUGCCCCAAAAUCAAGCCUCUCAAGAAGUAUUUGCUGCUGGGCCACGCGGAGGACUCGCCCGACCAGAGCGGCAUCGUGGCGGACAAGAGCAGCCUGGUGAUCCAGUGGCGGGACACGUGGGCGCGGCGGCUGCGCAAGUUCCAGCAGCGCGAGAAGAAGGGCAAGUGCAAGAAGGCCUAGCGCGGAGGCCACGGCGCGCGGGGCCGGCGGGCGGGGCGCGGGACCGGGCCGAGCGCGAGCGCGCGGCCCGCCACCGUUGCGGCCUGGACUUGGCCCGGCAGGGCUUUCCCAGGUGGGGGGGCGGGGGCGGGACCGCGGCCGGGGCGGGGGCGGGGCCCUCGGCGGCCCCGCCCCCGCCCCCCGCGCGCCCCGGGCGGGAGCGGCGCGCCGGGCUGGGUGCGCAGCAGGCCAGGCCCUGGAGAAAUGAGGGCGAGACUUAAGCUACCUCACGGGCACCUUCCAGAGCAGCGACCGCGGCCCUAGGGCCAGGCGGGGUCGCCGCGCCGGGGGGCAGGCAGCCUGACCUGGGGCCGAGGUCUGCCCGGAAUCGCGCCGGUGGGGCCGCGCCCGCGGCUCGUGGACGGUCAGGAGGGGGCCGUGAGGGGACCUGAAUUCUCAGGCCCGCAGCCUGGGCGGGGGGGCUGAGCGGGCCGGUCAAACCACCACCCCCAAAACACAAAAGACUGACGGAAAUCCACGCCCUUUCCCCGCCCCUUCUUUGCGCCUCCCCAGGGGCCCUGGCUCUGACACCUGGGGCCCAGGUGAAGGGGCCUGGCGGGUUUCGGGGGACGUGGAAGCGGCCUCUGCAGACUGCGUUCCCCGUGCGGCCUGUGGUCUCCACUGCCACCUGCUGAGUUGGUGGUUCUCGGUAGGGUCUUGGGGUGAGGCAGAGGGGGGUACCAUCUGCAGGGCCACAGGAGCUGAAUGCCCCGCGGGUGCCUGCCCCUGCCCGGAUCCCAGCCCCUGCCGAGGGCAGUGCGCCCCAGGACGCCCCGGAGAAGCCCAAGCCGGGUGGUCACUGCCCCACGCUGGAGCUGCCCGCCGGUGGAUGCACUGCGAAGGUGAAACCUCCCAGAGAGUUCCCUUUGUGGAAACUUGGAGCCAGUCUCUUUAUGACAUUUUCCAGGGGAGGAGGAAGGGGUACUGGCUGGGAUUACAGUACUGACGCUAUUUGGGUAAUGACAUCAGCUCCCACAAGGCCCCUCAACAGUAUCAACAGCUGGGAAGGGCUUGGAUGGACAUGGAAUGCAGGUUGCAAAGGCAGUUGGGCCUGGCUUGGGGAAGGUUCCUGCCGGAGUGGGCAGAGGUCUGCUGGCUUAGCAAGGUGCCAGAGCACCCGAGCCUUGGGCAGGCAGGGGCAGGGACGACCAGGUUCCCCGGGGUCAGGAAAGCCAGGACCAUUUCCUGUUGCUGCCCUCGCUCCUGUGUCCCCAAUGGAAGAGACAGAGGCUGCUGGGCCAGGAAAGACUUCUGCAGCCACCCCUGUCCUGGGGCUGGCUCGGUCUAAUUGGGCAGCCCCUCGCCUGCUCCUCUCUGGUUGCCCUCCUUGGGGAGGCCUCCCAUACCCCAUCGUGUGGCCAGGCCCCCUUUCCAAAGCUCCCUAGAGACGCUGUCCCCAGGCAGGCCGCCCUAGUAGGGCUGGUUGCCUCACACAGGGCCCAUCCCUGGGCCCUGGGACCGUGGGCCGCCUGAGCUCUCUGCACUGCCCUGGGGCCCACAUCCUCACACCUGGCACUCUGAAUAGAGGCCUGGCUCCCCUUUCCGUCAGGAAAUUGGUUUCAUUUUCCCUGCCGGAGUUUGGUGGCUCACAAGGGUCAUAUCAAGUGUGAACUUGGCCUCUAAUGGUCUGGCUUCCUUCUGCCUUCCCCUCUUCAGCCAGCAUCAUGGCUGCCAUAUACUGAGCACCUGCUCUGUGCCAGGCACUUUACCCACAUGAUCUCAUAUACCCUCAUGACCAGAGGCUCACCCCACUUUCACCAGCGAGGAAACAAACACAUAGGCCCACAGGCACCAGGCAAGUCAGCGUUCAGGCUCCACAGGCAGGCUGUCUUGCCCAGCACCCACACCACCCCUUGCUGCACGCUGGCUCUGCGCCACCCACUCAGUUGCUGCAGUGGGCUGUGAGGGGUGUGCCUGGGGGGCAAGUGAGAUGCUGGCCCUGGUUUACUGCCUCUAGCCUGGGGAGUAGAAGGGGGUGAGUGGGCACAACAUCUGCAGAGGUAGCAGCAAGAACGGUGGGUGAGGCAGGGGUAAACGUGCUACGGGGCAGCCCCUGGAAGUCCCAGUCCAAGAAGGUAGGCUGUGGCUGAUCCUGAGACACAGUAGUAGGAUGUCUGACUGUCUGGGUGUGUUUGGAGGGAUUUCAGGACCAAACUGCCCUGGGAAGGGGUAUUUGUCUUUCCUGAUUCCAGGCUCAGGGUUGGGAGCCUAGGAACCUCUGCCCAAGCAGCCAGUCCUCUGAGGCCCAGCAUGUGUGUUUAAGUGCCGUUAGCAUCUUGGAGGCCUCUGCACGGUGCUGGCCCAUAGUCCUUGAGCAGUAGCACAUGCUAGGAUGGUUGUCUGUUUCUUGUUACACCAGCUUGGCUUCCUUACCUGCUGGGAAGGGCUGUGCAGCACUGCCGCCUCCCAUUCUGGGUCUGUCUUGCCCCCGUCCAGUGAGGAGCUGGCUUCGGUGGCCUCUGAGGUCCCACAGCUCUGGCGCCAGCCGCCUGUCAAACAUGCCUCUUGCUUUAAGUUCAUCCAGUCUCCAGCCUCGCCCUCCUGCUCAGCAUCCCAAGGGCCUGGCCCCUGGGGAAUGUGUCUGGGCAGCUGGGUCAGCAUGAGGACACUGUUGGGCUAUCAGUCGUCACAGGCUGCAUCCCUGUCUCACGGGCCCAGCCAGAACCCAGGCCAGCACUCUUCUGAUUCAGCCGCUGACCUCAGCGCUGAGGACCCAUCCUUGGGAAAGCACCCCUCUCCCACCCCGCCCCCUCCCCAGGAGGAGAUGGAACUCAGAACUGAGGUGCACCCGUUUGUACAGUUAGGAAGGGAUGUAAAAUGGAACUAGAUUUUGAUUCUGAAGAGUGUAUUAACCAGAGUCCUGAUAUGUAGGUGUUUGAAGAAAAACAUACCAGAUUAGUCACUUUUUAAAAAACCACCAGAUUCCCCAGUUGUCCUUUUUCUUACCUGCUGGGUGGUCUGGAGCCCCUGACAGCGGAGUGCCUGCUUCAGGGACACACGGUAAUGCCGAAGAGUUUGGGGUGGUGGGAAGGGGGAGGGUGUGGCCUAGACUAGCCUGCAGGCUGUGGCUUCUGUCUUGAGAAAGCAAGGUAGGAAGCAGUGUCCUCAGGGGCAACUCUCCCUCCACCCAGCAAGCAGGAAAGGGUACAGACCAACUCGGCCUUGCUCCUGGUUGAAAUGAGAAGGAAAGCAAGGAGACCCUGAAGCACUGGGAAAUGGUCCCUCUGGGAAAUAAGAAAUGUUAGGAUCUCAACAUGUAAGGGAAGCCUCCACUCCCAUCCCUGCCCCCAGAGAGACCGGGGAGUGGAUGAACAUGACUCAAUGGCACAGCCACUGGGCCACGGUUCCUGGCCACAGCCACGCCAGACCCUAGGGGUGUCAGUGUGCACUUGUGGGGCCUCACCUCUUGUCAAAACCAAGCCAACCCCGUUCUUGUGUCAUUGGACACUUCUCCCCACCCCUGCUCCCAAAUGCACACUCGCCUGCCCCUGGCCCCCCAGCUCCCUCCUGCAUUUUGGAGUUCUGUUCACUCAGAAUUUGUAAAUGUUUAGUUGUGACCAUGACAUACUGUUUGGGUCAGUGUUCCUUUCCAAUGCAUACUAAUAUAUUAUGGUUAUUAUAUAUGAAUAUAUUUAAUGACAUGGAAAAAGUUGUGGAUUUUCUUUUUUUUUAAAGUUUUUUUGUUGUUAGAGUUGUAAUGGACCCAGAUGAAAGUUGUAAUAUGGGCCCCACAUGAUAGAACUAAAUUCAGCUAUCAAUUAAAUAAACUCUGUACACUGUU